UGGGUUGAUCUCGAGUCUGCAGAGCUCUGCUGCACCCUGCGUCAUAUGACCUCCAAGCUGCUAAACAGCAGACCAUUUUCUUGGAAGCAAAAAAGUCAUGGUACUCUACAAGUCUACUCGUGGUGUCUCUCCCAGUGUCUCAUUCCAGCAAGCCCUACUCAGUGGAUAUGCUCCAGACGGUGGGCUCUACUUGCCAGAGACACUGCCCUCAUUCAGUAGAGAGGAGCUAAGAGCAUGGGCCAAGCUAUCAGCCCAAGAACUGUUGCAAGCCAUGCUCCCUCAUUUUGUCUCCUCUGAUGAGAUCACUGCAGAGGAAUUGCAGAGUGUUUUAGACGGAUGUUACUCGAAGUUUGACGAUCCAGAUGAUCUCAUUCCCCUCAAAACGGUGGGCUCUGUUAAAGUGGCUGAGAUGUGGCACGGUCCAACUGGCUCGUUCAAAGAUUUGGCUCUUUCUGUUGUCGGACGAUUGGUGGAUUAUUUUCUUGAGAAAAGUGGCCGUAAAGCCAACAUCAUUGUGAGAACUUCAGGUGAUACUGGAAGUGCCGCUAUUCACAGUGUUCUGGGCUCAAAGCAUAUAAACAUUGUUGUCUGGUAUCCACGGGGAUGUGUCAGUCUCGUGCAAGAGCUACAAAUGACAACAGUUGAUGCUCCGAAUGUCAAAGUGUUCUCAGUCGAAGGUACUACAGAUGAAGCCGAUGUUCCACUCAGGAAAAUUUCUGCCGACAAAGAAUUUGUUUCGAAGUACAACCUGGCGUGUUUUAAUUCAGUUAAUGUCAGUCGCAUUCUCCUUCAAGCUGUACACUUUACCUACCUCUAUCUCAAGAUUUGUCCAACUGUGGAUCGAUAUGUGACCUUUUGUGUGCCUACAGGAGGACUAGGGAACAUAACAGGAUGUGUGGUUGCUCGUACAAUGGGAAUUCCCCUUCAAAUUGUGAGUACAGUAAACGAGAAUGAUAUUGUCGAUCGCACGUUUCGUCUCAACGAUUUCUCUCUUUCUGAUUCAGUAGUACACACCCCGUCUUCUGCAAUGGACAUACAAAUCCCCUACAACAUUGAGAGAAUAUUCUAUUAUCUCACCAGUCAAAAAUCUCAAAUAGUAAGAGAUGUAAUGGAGAGCUUUGAGCGAGAUGGACGCUGCAAAUUGCCUGAAGCAAUCACCAAAACGAACACGUACCUCCAAACAGCCAGAGUGGACACUGAAGAGCUGUUCUCCGCAAUGAAGCAAGUGUGGCAGGAGAACAACUAUGCUAUAUGCCCACACACAGCAGUUGCUAUGAAUGCUGGCUUGAGACUGGCAGCCCAGAACCCAGAGGAAGAGAUAGUGGUCAUAGCUACGGCUACUCCGGCCAAAUUCCCUCAGGUGAUGGAGAGGGGUGGUGUUCCCGUGCCAAGGGUAGAGCAAGUCGAGUGUCUGUUUGGAUUGCCUGAGCACAAGGAGCUGGUAGAGAAAGGAGAGGACUGGGAGAAGAGAAUGAGAGAUGCAGUGGCCAGUUUUAACCAAUAAUUAUAGAUUUUUCGAUAAAGUUUUUUUACCAUUUCGACUAGCAUUUGUUAAUGCGAUGUGAUUUACAAUAUUUUUCAUUUAGGUUUUUUUUUACUUUAUCAUGUCAAGUGUCGUCAGAAAUCAUGUCAUUAAAUAUUUUUUGCACAAGAAGG